AUGGGUAUGGAUGAACUGAAGGUCUUCCGAUCAACUCUGCUCUACGUCUUCGCUGCGGUCUGUUGCCUGUGGGGCGGAGGUAUCAGUGUCAUUGAGGCCAAACUACCGAGUUUCAAGGGUCUACUCUGGUUCCUGCCCGCUGGACAGUUGUUGGUAUACAUCAUAUUGCUGGCCAGUCUCGUGGGCACGUGCUGCUCGUGCUGUAUCUCCAGUAAUAUCCGUCUGAGGAGUGUGGUCAUUGCGAUGGUCGUCUUCAGUGGCAUCCUGUUCCUCCUCAACAUGAUGGCCAGUCUGUUGUAUGACUUCAUCUAUGCCAUCUGCUAUUCCAUACUAGUCGGAGUGAUAAAAGGCCUAGGGGAACCCAUGCUGGAGUAUCUGAUUCCGCUGCUUCUCGGGGAGAACAACGCUGCCAUCGGUGCAGGCAUCUUGACCUUUGGCCAGGGCAUUGGAAGCCUGUCGAUGCCAGCCAUUGCCAAUGAAAUCGAAAAAUCGAUAAAAAAAGUUGACGGAUGUUUCUACUUCGCUGGGGUGAUCUUCUUCCUCUCAGCUUCUUUCAUAAUCUGGACCUACCGCUUACACUUGCGUGUGACCAAACGGACAGUAAGCCCAUGUGACCCAGACGAAAAGCCCACGCAGGAAACAGAGUGCAGUGGGAUGGACAUGGAAAGAUUCUGA